UCGCGCCUAAUCAAAUUAAGUUACUUAAAUUGAGACACAGUAAGUAAGUUUUAAAAACUGAAUAUAUGUGUUAAACAGGGGAUCUAAAAGUGGUCACUUGGUGCUAAUUCUACCUUAAUUUAGGGAUUAACAGAUCGUUCCCAUAAUAGUCUUCAAUAUUCCUGCAACCAAUGUCGGAUCCCAAUUCUACAUCCAUUACUAAAACUGUUAGGGUUUUGAUUAAAGGGAGAAUACAGGGCGUAUCGUAUAGGGGUUGGACAGUGGAUAAUGCGACGGAAUUGGGAUUGAGUGGUUGGGUUAGGAACAGAAAGGACGGCACCGUGGAAGCCAUGUUUUCAGGUAGUUCUGAGAAGGUUCUAGAAAUGGAGCGCCGCUGUUGGGAGGGCCCACCAGCAGCUGAAGUCACAGGCGUGGAUGUUAACGCUUGUGAUGAAGAUAUGGUGCCGGGGUUUGAAUGUAGGCUAACUGUGUGAUCAAUUGCCUAAAAGUAGCAAAAUAAAUAAUCCAACCUGAGGCAUUAGUACUAAUCUUGUAGUUUCUUGUCCAUUUGAUUUCUGUUACUACCUAUAGUUUCUGUUGUCGCAUUAUUUGUUGAUGUUGAUGUUGAUGUUCCUUUUCUGAAUUUGAUCCAAUGAUUUCGUAAUUAUUCAAUGUCUUGCUUCA